AAAAUAUCUCCAUCGCGCAUAGGCCCAUGCCUCGUUCUCCCUCAUGUACAUUACCUUCCACAAAGCGACAUUCUUUUUCCCUCUUUCCUUCUCACUCCUUUUUUCCUUCUCUCUCUCUCUCUCCAUAUUUUUCACUUUAUAAGUACCUUUUUAUCCUUCCUUAACCCUUUUUAAUUUCUUCCAAAUGGAACAUCUCUCUUCAUUUUCUUCAACAUUAUGCAUUUUUCUUUUGUUACAUUUUUAUGUAGCUUCAUCUGUUGUUUUAUUAAGGCACCGUCAUAACAAUAACAAUAAUAACAACUAUAAUAACCCGAAUCGUAGAAAUCCAAUUCUUCAAGGUAAUCAAACUUCAUGUGCUCUGUUUAUAGGUACUUGGGUUUAUGAUGAAACUUACCCAUUUUACCAUUCUUCUUCUUGCUCCGCCGUCGAUCCACAGUUCAACUGCCAGUUGUACGGUCGACCUGAUACUGAAUACCUUAAAUAUCGAUGGAAACCGGCUAAUUGUGAGAUACCCAGGUUCAAUGGGCUUGAGUUUCUGUUGAAAAUGAAAGGGAAAACAGUGAUGUUUGUUGGUGAUUCAUUAGGCAGAGAUCAAUGGGAGUCGUUGAUUUGUAUGAUUUCAGCUGAUGUACCAAAAUCUCAAACACAGAUGUCAAGGCUUUACCCUAUUUCAACUUUCAAGUUCCUGGAUUAUGGAGUGGCUCUUUCAUAUCACAAGGCACCAUAUCUAGUGGACAUAGAUACUAUACAAGGCAAAAGAGUGCUAAAGUUGGAUGAUGUAAGAGGAAAUGCUAAUGCUUGGACUGGUGUUGAUGUAUUGGUUUUUAAUACUGGUCAUUGGUGGACUCACAAAGGCCCUCUCCAAGGGUGGGACAACGUAGAAUCAGGAGGGACAAUCUAUGAAGACAUGGAACCACUAGAGGCAAUGGAGAAAGGGCUAAGAACGUGGGCAAGAUGGGUUGAUGCCAAUAUUGACAGUAGCAGAACCAGACUCUUCUUUCAGGGCAUUUCCCCUACCCACUAUGACCCAAAUGAAUGGAACGCGGGUGCAUCAACAGGGAGUUGUUACGGGGAGACUAGCCCCGUAACAACAACCACGAUGACGAGCAUGUACCCGGGUCCAGACUUGGAUCAAACAAAUGUGAUAAAAAAUGUAAUAAGGGAAAUGGACAACCCACCUUUCUUGCUGGACAUAACAUUGUUAUCAACUAUGAGGAAAGAUGCACAUCCAUCCAUUUACAGUGGUGAUCUCAAUUCUCAGCAAAGAAUUAACCCUAACAAACCUGAUUGUAGCCAUUGGUGUUUGCCUGGCCUGCCUGAUACAUGGAACCAACUGUUUUACACUGUCCUUUUCUACUAACUUAUAGUACUAGCAGUAGCAAAUUUUAGUUUUCGCUGGCCUAUUGAUGCAAAUUCAUUUUAGGAGAUACAAAAUGUUCACACUAGUGCAGCUGAUUUAGAUGAUUGUUAAAUGAGUUUAUAUAGUUAGUAUGGUGAAACUGAUUCGGCAUUGUAGAUUUGUGCUGCUAAUGAAAGAAUUUAUUUGGUACCA